AUGGAUGAUUUUAACCAAUGGAUCCAUGAGGGUGGUUUAAUUGAUUUAAGUGCACAAGGUAGUAAUUUUUCUUGGUGUAAUGGCCAGAGUGGUUUAGCUAGAGCUUGGGCUAAGUUGGAUCGUGUUUUAUUGGAUGCAAAUUUACUGUCUUUGUUCCCUACGGCCUCUUGUUCGUAUUUACCAAUGACGACUUCGGAUCAUUGCCCUAUGCUGGUUGAAUUUCUCAAGGAUCCUUAUUCCUAUGGUCCUCCUCCAUUUAGAUUUCAACAAAUGUGGGUUGAGCAUCCAGAAUUUAUUGAUUUUGUUAAGCAGGUGUGGUCUGUGCCGGUGGUUGGAACGGGGCUUGUCAUUCUUGCUUGUAAGCUUAAAAAGGUUAAAGUGGCUCUUCGAGAAUGGAAUAAGCGAGUGUUUGGGAGGACUAAUGCCCAUAUUGAAUCUUUGGAAGCAAAGGUUGAGGGUCUGGAAGGGUGUCUGCAAAGAGAGUGGGAUAUUGAAGCCAAGAGGGAGCUUGUGGUGGCUUUGGAUGAAUUGUGUUCUUGGAGACGUAGGGAAGAUAUCAGAUUAGCUCAAAUGACUAAAAUAAAAUGGAAUAUGGACGGUGAUCGUAAUUCAAAAUGUUUUCAUUCACGAGUACUUCCCGAGUUAUCAGAUUUGAUUUCGCCAGUUAUUGAUGUUGAGGAUUGCACAUGUCUUGGUCGUAUCCCUUCAUUGGAUGAAGUAAAGGAGGCUCUUUCUUCGAUUCCUAUAAACAGUUCUCCUAGGCCUGAUGGUUUUGGAGCAGGUUCCCCAAUCAAUUAUUAA